AUGGAGGACUGGUUGAUCGCAAAAACACUGGAUUGUGACUUCUGUGUGUGUGUGUGCGUGUGGGGGCGCGCCCAGUGGAUGACUGCAGGAAGGGGAGUGGUUCAUGCUGAGAUGCCCAUGUCUGAGGAACCCUUGGUGGGUUUGCAGCUGUGGGUGAACCUGUCCAGGCAGAAUAAGAUGGUGCAACCAGCCUAUCAGGAAUUGCAGAGCUCAGAUAUCCCCAAAGUGACUCACGGUGGUCACUGUGGCUGUAAUAUCGGAGAAGCCUUAGGAGCAAAGUCCAAGGUCUACACAAGGACACCAACAAUGUAUUUGGAUUUUGUGCUGAAGAUUGGAGCCCAACAUGUACAGCCAGUUCCAUCAGGAUGGACUGCCUUCAUUUACACUCUCUCAGGAACCAUUCAUGUUGGCCCUGAUGACGAGCAGCAGAAGGUGGAGCCCCGUCACACGGUGGUUUUUGGAGAUGGGGACAGUGUUCGAUUUGAAAACAAGGGUUCCGACAUUUGCCAUUUUGUCCUGAUAGCCGGAGAACCCAUCAAUGAGCCUGUGGUGAAGCACGGUCCAUUUGUAAUGAACACACAGGAAGAGAUCAACCAGGCUAUCAGUGAUUAUAGAAAUGGUCAAAAUGGCUUUGAGCGAGCCUUAAACUGGCGAUCUCAGAUCCGAGAUUCUCUUUAACCAUUAUGUUGUACAAAAUAUAUUGUUUGUUGCUUGCAUCUAUUUUUGAAAUCUUCUUUUGGUCAUAAAGUACAUUUACAUUUUAAA